AUGUCGGGUGGUGGUGAUUCAUUGUCAUCCACUGUUGAAGACAACGUUGAGGAAUAUCCUUACUAUGAUCCAUUAGAGGGCGAUGGUCUCUUCUCUGAAGAAGAUCUCCGAAAUGUCAUGGCUGACAGUAACCCUAGUUUAAUGGACAUAGACUUCAACCAGAAUCCUCUUCCUCUUGUUCUUCCUCUUCCUCCUAGUCCUCCUCCUCCGCUUGCCCCAUCCAUGGAGAUUACCGAAACUGGCUUGUCUCAAGAACUCUCCUACAACAACGACGAGGAGUUUCUUGGGCCGCCUUUUGGCGCUGAUGAUCUCCUUAUCUCGUGGGACAUGUUCGAUGAACCAAGCGAUGGUCCCAACAACAGCGUCGACACUAACGUCCUUGGAGAUAUUGGUGACGAUAUUUUUAACGACAUGUUCGAUUUACCAAGUGAUGAUCUCAACGACAACAUGUACACCAAUGUCCUUGGUGAGAUGGGUGACGAUAAUUUCCUUGGUAACGACAUGUUCGAUAUUCUAAGUGAUAAUCUCGACGACAACAUGUUCAACAAUGUCCUUGGAGAGACCGGUGACGACAAUUUCCUUGGAGAGAUUGAUUACGAUAAUGUCCUUGGAGACUUUGGUAACGAUGAUGUCCUUGGAGAGGUUUGUAACAACGUCGGCGAUGAUAAUGGCAGACUUGAAGUGAGUACUCGAGUCUUCCGGGAAAAUGGUGUCAACUUCGAAACCGGUGGGCCAUCAUCAGCGGCACGUGUCGAAACCGGCGGGACAUCAUCAGCGGCGACGCCAGUCCCGGUUAUUACACCGCCGAUAACCGGAGGAAUACUCUUAUGCAACUGUUGCAACAUCCUUCGAUCAUUAGUCCAUGCCAAUGGUAAUGAGAUGAUGAGACUUGAAUUAUACGGAGGUAUUGGAUCUUUCUGCCAUGCGGUUCUCGAGACUCGACUAUUCGUUGAUUCUCUAGAACCUCGACACCAAACAAUUCACUUGACCGGUUUAACGAUGGAGGAAGUGAGAAAGUUUAUAGAAACUUAUUGCUUGGCGAGACAAGAAGACGGAUUUGUAGUUGUGCAAGAUAGCAAUGCUGAAUUCUAUCAAGCAUUGAAUGCUUGUUAUACAAGCAACCAGCCGCCUAUGCCGUCUUUGCCAUCGCGCGGUGAUGUUCCAAUGUCCUUGACUAGGCCAGAUGAAGCUCUUAAUGUCCCACCUGUGCCGCAAUAUGUUGGGCUGAGAAAUGCACCAACUGCUUCGUUGAAAGAAAGGGAAAAGAGAAAAACCCCUCUCGCUAAACAGAGGGAGCGGACCGGAAAGAUGACUCUGAAGGAUGUUGGUCACUAUUUUCAUCUUCCAAUCGAAGAAGCUGCUCGUAGAUUGAGUCUUUGUCCUACGGUUAUGAAGAAGAUUUGUCGCAAGGGAGGCUUGCCAAGAUGGCCACACCGUAAGAUAAAAAGCAUGCUGAAAAAGAUCUCAACAUUGAAGAACGCGUUGAGCAAUACAAAGAAUGAAAAGAUUAGGAAGCAUGCAGAAGAGGAGAUAGCAAAACUUGAGAAAGAAAUCAACGAGAUCUGUAGCGAAGCGCUAAGAAGAUACAAGUGA